AUGAUGAGGAACAAUAACAAUACUGCUUCCCUCUUCUACUUUUUGCUAAUCAUCUGCUUCGCUGCGCUGCACGCUGAUGCGUCCCCGUCCCAAGCGGAUCGACUGAGAGAAUUCAUCAGGUCUAGGAGGAAUGCUCCUAGUGACAAUAAGAGCACGUUUAAGGUGAGUAACAUAGGCCACAGGGUUGCCAGCAGCCUCCUGAGCACAAGCUACUCCGACAGUGAACAGAGCGCCCUCAAGGCGGCUGACAAGAUCACUGCGCUGCCGGGGCAACCAGCCGGCGUCGACUUCGACCAGUACGGCGGGUAUGUGACCGUCGACGAGGAGAAUGGCCGGGCACUCUUCUACUACUUCGUGGAGGCGCCACAAGGUGCCUCGACAAAGCCACUCCUCCUGUGGCUUAACGGAGGGCCCGGAUGCUCGUCGCUUGGCUACGGAGCAAUGCAAGAACUCGGCCCGUUCCGUGUAAAUAGCGACAACAAAACGCUGAGUAGAAACAAGAAAGCUUGGAACAAUGUGGCAAAUGUGAUCUUCCUGGAAUCGCCGGCGGGUGUCGGAUACUCUUACUCCAACACAUCCUCCGAUUAUGACCUCAGUGGAGACCAAAGAACAGCUGAUGACGCGUAUUUGUUCUUGGUUAACUGGCUGGAGCGCUUCCCUGAAUACAAAAGCCGUCCAUUCUACAUCUCCGGGGAGAGCUACGCCGGGCAUUAUGUGCCCCAACUUGCUGCCACCAUUCUAAUCGAGAAUUCCUACAACAGCAAGACAGCCAUAAACCUACGCGGCAUCUUGGUUGGAAAUCCAUUUCUCGACCACAAUAUGAACUUCAAGGGUAGAAUUGACUACUUCUGGAGCCAUGGGACGCUGUCUGACGAGAUCUUCGCCAACAUAACCAGGCACUGUCAUUUUGACGAUUCAGAUGGCGAGGAAUGUGAGGGCGCUUUGGAAGCUUUCCAUCCUGGACAGUUUGAUUACUACAACAUAUAUGCUCCAAUCUGUGUUGAUGCGGCCAACGGAGCAUACUACCCCAGUGGCAACUUACCUGGGUACGAUCCAUGCAGCGAUUAUUACACCUAUUCCUACCUCAAUGACCCAGCAGUGCAGAAGGCUUUCCAUGCUAGAAUGACAAACUGGUCAGGAUGCACAAACCUGGACUGGAAAGAUUCACCGAGAUCCAUGGUGCCAACAAUCGCAUGGCUAAUCGAGAAGAAGUUACCUGUCUGGAUUUUUAGUGGCGAUUUUGAUUCCGUAUGCCCACUUCCUGCUACGAGGUAUUCCAUCCAUGAUCUUAACCUGCACGUCACCACUCCAUGGCGCCCGUGGACAGUAAACAUGGAGGUCGGAGGAUAUGUUCAACAAUACAAAGGAGGAUUCACAUUUGCCUCUGUCAGAGGAGCUGGUCAUAUGGUUCCAUCUUCUCAGGCUGAUAGAGCAUUAAUAUUAUUGGACUCCUUAUUGAAAGGGGUGCUCCCACCAUACGUUCAGGAGCAGUAA